AUGCCAAUGAGCAAUAAACUGAUUUUACUACUCGGAAUGAUCUGUCUGGAAAAAUGUAAAUCUGCAGCUCAACUUCUCCCCAAAGAUUACACUUGCGGAUGGAGUCUAGUACAAUUACAAACUUGGAAUGAUUUACCCCUGUUUAGUCGCAUUGUUGGGGGAAGCCAAGUGGAAAGGGGUUCCUACCCCUGGCAGGUGUCUCUGAAACAGAAUCAGAAGCAUAUCUGUGGUGGGACCAUCAUCUCCCCACAAUGGGUGAUCACAGCUGCUCACUGCGUUGCCAACAUGAAUAUUUUACCAUUAUUGAAAGUUAAUGCUGGAAAAUAUGACUUGAGCCAAAUAGAACCAGAAGAGCAAAGUCUCACCAUCGACACUAUCAUCAUACACCCACGUUUCUCUGCCAGGAAACCAAUAGACUAUGAUAUUGCUCUUUUGAAGAUCACUGGAGCUUUUCAGUUUGGCAAGUUUGUGGGUCCCAUAUGUCUUCCAAAGCGAGGAGAACGAUUUAAGGCUGGAUUCACUUGCAGAACUGCAGGCUGGGGCCGUCUGAUGGAAAACGGCAGUGUCUCCCAAGUUUUGCAGGAGGUAGAGCUGCCCAUUUUGACACGGAAGGAGUGUGUGAAAGCUCUAUUAAGCCUAAGCAAACCCAUCAGAGGACAAACCUUUCUCUGCACAGGCUUUCCAGACGGAGGGAAAGAUGCAUGUCAGGGAGAUUCAGGAGGUUCCCUCAUGUGCCGGAAUAAGAAAGGGACUUGGACUCUGGCUGGUGUGACUUCCUGGGGAUUGGGCUGUGCCCGAGGCUGGAGAAAUAAUAGGCAAAAAGAUCAUCAAGGAACUCCUGGAAUCUUCACAGAUAUUAGUAAAGUGCUUCCCUGGAUCCACAAACACAUUCAAGUAGGUAAUAAAAGAAAGAACUCCAGAGGGAAAUUGUGUGGUGUAGGCAUCGCUUCAUCAGUUCUUGUUGGCUCUACCUCGAUCAGGAUCUUUGAUAUCUCAGGUUAUGCUGCUGGGUACAAAGCCUACAAAGCUCUUAAACCAAACUAUCUUCCUGUCAUAGAACAUAAGCUCCAUGAGAGCACAGAGGAUUUUGUUUCUGUGGUCACUGCUGAAUCCUUGGUAAUCAGUGCCUGGUACCCACGGCUUUUUCUACAAAUUACCUGUACUUACCACUAG